UACGAGUCCCGUCAUGUCCACACCGUCUACGAGGCCAUCGCCCCGCACUUCUCCUCCACCCGCUACAAGCCGUGGCCCCUCGUCGCCUCCUUCUUGCUCUCUCUGCCUCCCGGGUCCGUCGGCCUCGACGCCGGCUGCGGCAACGGCAAGUACAUUGGCGUCAACCCGGCCCUCUACAUCAUCGCCUCGGACCGGAGCGCGAACCUGUCUGCGUCCGCGGCGGCCCGGGCGCCGAACAACCAGGUCCUGGUCGCCGACUCCCUGGCGCUGCCGUACCGGGGCGCGGCCUUCGACUUCGCCAUCUCCAUCGCCGUCAUCCACCACAUGUCGACGCGGGAGCGCCGCCGCGCCGCCGUCGCCGCGCUGCUCGACGCCGUCCGCCCCGGCACCGGCAGGGUCCUCGUCAUGGUGUGGGCGCUGGAGCAGGGCGGCAGCCGGCGGGGGUGGGACGCCGGCGCCGCGCAGGAUCAGCUCGUGUCGUGGGUCACCAAGGGCCGCAAGGAGCGCGACGACCAGCCGGCCCGGGACGAGACGUUCCAGCGGUACUACCACCUCUACCGCGAGGGCGAGCUCGAGGAGGACGUCGCCGAGGUGGGGGGCAGGGUGCUCGAGAGCGGCUACGAGCGGGACAACUGGUGGGCCAUC